AUGUGCAAAAGGUUUUGCAGAUGUUUCUCCUUGGCUUUUGGUUCCUACAUUGUAGGCUGCGUUACUGUGGGAAGUAGUGUCGUCGGAGCUGUUCAUAUAUUUGAAGAGUUGACUACGAUUACUGAUACUUGGAUGGAAUCUACAAGCGAAGGGGUUUUCGAUUUCAUGACUCUUGUGGCAUUGUGUUUACACACAGUACUGUGCGUUAUUGGGAUUGUCAUUUUAUACGGGUUGAUUCACAAUAAAAUAAAAUUAGUUAAAUAUGCAUCGUUGGCUCUUCUGGUAGCGUCCAUUUUUCGUCUAGUGGUCGCCAUUGUCAGACUGAUCGUCAGCCAAGACAUUGAAGCGUUUUUGUUUUUCUUCGUAAAUGGGUCGUUCUACCUUUAUGGAUUUGUCGUCAUUUGGAGCUUUGCAGUCGAUGAGGAGGAGAGCCAAAGGUUAAAUAUUCUGGCAAACUACGAAAUAGCUCAAAUUGCUCAGAGGUUUGGACAUCGGUCGUCUAUAUGCACUCCAAACAAUUAGGA